UAAUCAUUCUUGUCUAGAAAACAUAUUACUCUAUUGUAUCUUUGAAAUAACUUUGGUGGAAAAAGAAUCCUGAAUUGGUUCAGUUUGGUAAUUUUGAUUACUUUUGUGAUCAUAAUACUCAUCGUAUAUUUCUUGUAAUUGUGUUUUCUUAUUUUUGUAUUCAUGAAUAAGGUUGUAUAAACAGUCCUGUUUUGUAAUAUUUGUUGGCAUUUUCCGAUAGAACAGAGAAAUAUUAUUCCAAUAAUUCAGUUACUAUUGUCUAGAUAGUUUCUGCUUAUAUUAUUGAUAUUGAAAAUUUGUAUGUUUAACGAAUAUUGUAAUGUUUCAGAUAUAAAUCCCUGACUUUUAAGCGUUAUUAAAUCCUCAGGAUUGUUGGAGAGCAUUAUUUGACAUUUUCGAGACCUACUACAAGAAUGAAGUCUAAAAUGAUAAACAUCAAGGAUUAUGAUUUCCAAGAUUUGCUUGACCCUGCAUCCAACCUUGAUGAUGUUGAAUUCAAGAUUGUAGAUGAGAACUCCCAGGAGCUGGGAACUGUCAGGUCCCACAAGUUCUUGCUGUCCCUCCUGUCCCCUGUGCUGAAGAAGAUGUUUAUGAGUCGGGAGAAGGGAUUCAUUGUUGUUGAGAUCACUGGUCCAUCCUUUAUUAGUUUUCAGACCCUCAUCCAGUUCUUAUACACUGGAGAUGAGUCAGUUAUUACAGAUAUAUCCUCUAUUGAUGAUCUGUUUGAUCUGUAUUGUCUGGGAGACAAGUAUGAGCUGCGUGGAUCCAGGAACCUGAUCAAGGAAGUCGUCUCCAGCUUCAAGAUUAACCAGGAGAACUGGAUUCAUAUACUCAAGGGGAUAAAGAAGCAUGAGAAUACUUUCUUGUUUGAAGAUCUCUGUGAUAUACUACGAGUUAAAGUUCAAGGUUUCCUGGGCUGCAGCUCUCCAGAAUCCUAUCUGGAGUAUCUAAAGGAAUCUGAUGACACAGAUUUCUGUUUCUGGGUUAAGAACAGGAUUCAGAAAUGGAAUAGAUAUAGCUCAGAGAUUCAGAGUGUUGAGGAACAUAGAAGUCAGUUUGAAGAUAUAAAGAAGCAGUUUGAUGAUGUAAAGAAGCAAUCAGAAGACACCAAGCUCCAAUUAGAUGACACAAAGAUUCAAUUAGAAGACACCAAGCUCCAAUCAGAAGACACCAAGCUCCAAUUAGAAGACACAAAGAUUCAAUUAGAAGACACCAAGCUCCAAUUAGAAGACAACAAGCUCCAAUUAGACGACACAAAGAUUCAGUUUGAAGACUCAAAGGCCCAAUUAGAGAAUUCUAAGGCUGAAAUUUCUGAGCUUGAGAAGAAAUUAGCCAAGAUGGUUAAGAUGGUUGAGUAUUGCAAAGACCCAUGUAAAAACUGCAAAGGACCAACAGUAUGCCUGGAUGGUCAAGUUGUUCUUAAUACACCAGGACAUGGAACCAUGAUCAGAGCUGUUGAGGAUACCUCCUUCAUCAUGAAAAAUGCUAAAGUAUAUGUGGUUGCUGGUGAUUUUGGAACUGUGGAUACUGUUCAUGACGAUUGUCCUGUCGUUAAGUGGAACAAAUCAGGAUCCAGAUAUUGCGAUUAUUUCGGUCUAUUUGUUUACAAGUGUAAAUAA